CCCACCCCACCCCCGCCACCGCCACCGCCGUGAACGGCGGCGUAAACCACCAUUCCUCUCUCCGAUAAAACUCAUCCGAUUUCAGAAUGCCAACUAUGGCGAACUCCGAAGUCACUGACGGGCCAGUCCUCAGCUUCAUCAACAAGCGUCUCCGUGCCCUCCGCAAGAAACUCAAUCGCAUUGUCCAACUCGAAGACUCCAUCGCUCAGGGCAAGCCCAUCAACAAGGAACAAGAAGACCUAAUCGUCUCCAAACCCUCCGUCACCGCCUCCAUCGACGAGCUCGAGAAGCUCCGCCAUCCCCUCUCCGCCGCCAUCGCUGAAGAAAUAAACCUCGCCGUCCAACGCCACCACACCACCCCCUCCGAUGAUACAGAAAAGGACCGAAAUGUGGCCGAGGUUGAAUCCAAAGCGGUGGAGGAUCUCCUGAACCUUCUCUACUUUGGGAGUAUGUUUGAUGUGAAGAGUCAGAACGAUUUCACUUCGACGAUGCUGACUCGGACUCACGAGAGGGGGUGCUGCUUGACCUACGACUACGUCACUGACGACGAUGCCGCCGAUCUGCUCGGCGAGAGGGACUUGGAUUUGAUUUCGAUGUUGGGCGGUCUCUUGAUUUCGCGGCCUGUCGAUUCGAGCCUCUCGCAUAUGAAUGCGUUGCGACGGUGCAUUGAGCAUGCGAAGCAAUGGCUUUCCAAUUCCGAUCAUCCAAUCGAUUCAGAUCCGAAUGUUACUUAUGCGGGGUUGAGAGCGAAGCUCAACAAGAUUAUGGCUUCGGACUAUUUCACCACAACUCCGGAGAUGAAAGCAACUGUUGAAAUGGCUGCUGCAGCUGCCGGAAAUUAUGCCUCUUUUCAGGUGCCUGUGCAUGGUUCCAUGGUGCCAGUCCAAGUGGAAGGUUCGGAUGAGCAAUACCAGCAGGUAAAAAAUUGAUUUCCUCAGAAAAAA